AUGGGGAGUGUGCGAAGCCACCGCUACAGCAUUGUGUCCUCUGAGGAAGAUGGCAUGAAGCUGGCCUCCAUCGCUGUCCCAAACGGCUAUGGGAAUGGCAACAUGACCAAGGUACACACGGAGCGCCCCCAGCAGAGCCGCUUUGUCAGUAAGGACGGCCACUGCAAUGUGCAGUUCAUCAACAUGCGCGAGAAAGGCCAGCGCUACCUUGCUGAUAUCUUCACCACUUGUGUGGACAUUCGCUGGCGAUGGAUGCUCCUGGUUUUCUGCUUGUCUUUCCUGCUCUUCACUGCUGCCUUUUUGUUCUCGGUGGAGACCCAAACAACGAUCGGCUAUGGCUACCGCUAUGUGACAGAAGAGUGCCCCAUCGCUGUGUUCAUGGUGGUCUUCCAAAGCAUUGUGGGCUGCAUCAUCGAUGCUUUCAUCAUUGGAGCUGUCAUGGCUAAAAUGGCCAAACCCAAAAAAAGGAACGAGACACUGGUGUUUAGCCACUACGCCACUGUGGCCAUGAGGGAUGCAAAACUGUGCCUGAUGUGGAGAGUGGGGAACCUGAGGAAGAGCCACCUGGUGGAGGCGCAUGUACGUGCACAGUUACUCAAGUCCCGCACCACAGCAGAGGGGGAGUUCAUCCCUCUUGACCAGGUAGACAUCGACGUGGGCUUUGACAGCGGCAUCGACCGCAUCUUCCUGGUGUCUCCCAUUACUAUUGUGCAUGAGAUCGAUGAAGACAGUCCUUUCUAUGAGAUGAACAAGCAGGAGCUGGAGACAUCUGACUUUGAGAUUGUAGUGAUCCUGGAGGGGAUGGUGGAGGCCACAGCCAUGACCACUCAGUGUCGCAGCUCCUAUGUGGCCAGUGAGAUCCUCUGGGGCCACCGCUUUGAGCCUGUGCUCUUUGAAGAGAAAAACUAUUACAAAGUAGACUAUUCCCGCUUUGAUAACACAUACGAAGUUCCCAGUACUCCUCAGUGCAGUGCCAGGGAAUUAGCCGAGAGGAAGUCUAACUGCAGCUCCAGAAACUCCUUCUGUUAUGAGAACGAGGUGGCACUGGAGAAAGUGGAGAUGGAGGAAGAGUUUGAGGAAGAGGAAGAACACAAAGUUUUGAGGGUCAUAGAACCCCUUAAUGAUUCAAACAUUGACUUGGUCUCAGAAUGUGACCCCAACAUAGACUCUUUGACACUGGAAGAAAGGCCUUUGACUGCAGAAUCUGAAAUAUGA